AUGUUUAUGCCAUCUGCAGCAAGCCAUGAAGAGGAAUGCUUAUGCGAAACUCAUCAACGUCGUGAUCUCUGUGAGCCGUUCAUUAGGAAGAUGCGAGACAUCUGUCUUGUUGGCGAAAGAAAUGUGUUCGUAACGCAAUACACGUCAAUUUUGAAGUUCCUCUGUGAAAUUGAUGAAAGAGCUAUAGAGUGGACCAGUGGGCAGCUUUCGGGCGGCUCGGAUCUUGCGUCAGCACUUCUAUGCUUUGUGAGCGUUUCCAUAAAAGCUCAAGCAUUAGAUGUUGGAAGGGGAAGCAAACGUGAGGAUGGACAGGCUCCUCAAACUGUUCAUUGCGCUUACGACCGAGAGAGAGGGCUGGAAGAAGGAAAGUACAGGCUCCAGCAACACCAUAAGGCGCACACGUUGUCAACAAAUACUGUGGGCAGCAACAGCUUGUUGCUGUUAUUGGUCCUGGAACCUGGGAAGUGCGGGACAAUGGAAAUUCGUAUCGCGUGGAAGAACACUAUUGCCCAUGCGCCGAGCAUGAGCUCAAUGACAAUGCUAGCGUGGGAGAGAUGCGAAGACGCUCUGAGAUGCCACUGCCCUGGCGAUUACGGAGGUAUGGAACUAUGCCAGGUUCAGGUGACGACGCACCACACUUUCCACUGUGGCUUCGUCGUCUAG